UGUAGUUUUCAGCUGUUACAUGUAUUGAUUGAGUUUUUACAACAGUGUAUAUUUUUGUAAUGCCCAUGUCUUGUUUAUGCUAUCCAUACGUGGCUGUGGCUGGAAAAUGAAUAUAUUUGCUGGCAAGAUGAUAAUUCAGCGACAGCGCUAGCUAUAACACUGUUAUUGUCACAAGCAAAACAAAGUGCAGGCCUGAUAUUUGCCUACACUUAAAGGCACCGUAUCUUUUCAAGUAAUUUUUUUCAUAUGCUGUUUUCCCUUCUAUCUUACCAGUUAUUUGUCACGUUUUGAAAUUGCUGUUUUUAAGUCAUUGGAAAGUAGAUUACCCAGAUGUUCCGCAUUAUUUCUUUAAUCAUGUAUUUGCUAUUGGCACUAGUCAUGGUUGAGAGGUACGUUUAUAAAUCUGCAGUUUUGUCACGUGUUUACAAAGUGUCGCUAUUAAAGUUUUUAGUAGGACAGUUUGAGGACUAGUUAGGCGCGCCGCGGUCUACUAUGGGGGCCCUGCUGCGUGCUCGGUCCUCGUUGCCAUGGAAACCAUGUUACAGUGUUGUGAUCUGUCAUGCUAGAGAUAACCGUGAGCUAAACGGACCAAAGUCAAUAACUUAAGAAGAAAAAUAGUUUGUUUUGCUAUUAUUCAGCCUUCAUAUUGUCACUAGAGAUGUCACCACAUAAAGACAUUAAAUUGCCGCCUUUACUACAUUCACAAAAGCAAAGACUUACAUGCGACCAUACUCAAAAUUACACUGUUGAGACAUCAGAGGAAGGUCAGGCAGGAGAAAGUUUUGGUGCUUUUUCUGUCCAGCCUGUAUCAAGAAAGUUGUGCUGGAUAGGUAGCAGUUACAUUUAUGCAGGCGCAGGGAGGAAGCCCCAACUCUUGGUGCACCUGGAGAGCUACGUGAACAAGGAGUUGCAUACUCUCAGCUCCCAUGAGCCAAAAUUUCAGGAACUGAAACUGCAGGUCUAUCGUGACGUCUUUGGAUGUUUCAUCAAAGAGUUCAAAACCUACCAGCCCCUUCUUUCGGCCAUCAAAAAGGAGUACGAAAGCACUUUAGCACAUCAGCAGGAUCAAAUCCGAGAGCUGGAACCACUGCAAACUCAUCUGAGGCUGGUGACAGAGGAAUGUGACAGGAGGAUUCAAGCUCGCAGGGCAGAGGAGCAGGCUGAGAUUGCAGCCUUGAAAAGGGAGAAUCAGCAACUGCAGAAAGACACUGAGGCCAUGAGGGAGAGGGAAAAGACUAUGCAGGCAUUGGUGGACCGUCUACAGUCUGAACUGUCCAGCCAGUAUCUGCUGUACCGGGAGGAACAUGAUGCCCGCAAGCUGCUGAUCUGGCAGCUCAAUGACCUGACGAGAGGCUCUGUGAAGGAGGAGCAUCCUCCUGAUGAAAAUUCAGAUGAGCCUACGGACCCCUUUGAGCUGCAGCUUUUUCUGAAGGUGUGUCGGGAAGACCUGACUAAAGCCCAGAAGGAGCUCAAUAGGAUGAAGGCUGAGUACUGGGAUGUCGUGCCACGACGCAACUGGGAGACUUUGGAGCAAACACACAAACAGACCCUCCUGCAGUUGAAGACUCUGCAGGGUGACUUUGAACAGUUGAAGAGUGAAUACGACACCCUGCUGGAGCUCCACAAAAAGGGCAGCAUGCAGAAUGAGCCGCAUGAGCCCAUUAAUGUGCAGAUGGAUGAUAGUGUGUGCCAAGACCAAAGCCAGAUUCAGUCCAACCAACUGAAAGUGCCGAUUGACUCUGAUGCCCCUGAAAGCAGCACACUCACUGUCCAGGAAUUUAGGACAGCCCUGAGGACAGCAUUCCCUCUCAAAUCAGAUCAGGAAAUAGAUGAACUUGUGGCCUCAGCUCAAAGUGAGCCACACUGCAGCAAUGGCUCUCUCUCAUCUCAGAGACUCCACAGCCUGCUUGCAGAAUGCGGUGUGGAGACCCUACCUGCAGCUCUCGACAACUCAGAGGAAAAUACUGCAUCAAAUCAUUGUCCAGAAACUGAUAGAAUACUGUAGUAUUUACUUUAUUGAUUGUUAGUGAGGAUCAACUUUCCAGCAUUGGAGUAUAGAAAAUGUGUAGGGUACCUUAAUUCUUGGUACCUAAUUAAUGACAAAUUAUUCCUUGUUCCCACAGUACAUUUUUAAUAAUUACUUCAAAUUAAACAGCUGUAAAUAUAUGUGCAAUGAUAUUUCAUUAUCUUUGACUACUGUCAGAGACUUAAAACAACAAUUGUUCGGCAACAAUUAAUCACUAUCAACUUAUAAUGAUGAUGAUGAUAAUUCAAAUGGCUGUUUAUUAGUAUGUGUCUUAAUCCCUGUAUAGACGAUUCAUAACAGCUUUGAAAUACAGCUUAACUUCCACUAUGUUUGUAGUUUUUCAUGAGAUUAGGUGUUUGGAUGGGUAUCCACCGGCCUCAGUGUCCUUGAAGUACAAGGUCUGGAAAAAGAGAUUAAUGAACGUGCUGUUAUUGAUAAAGUAACCACCCCAGAUAAGCUCCUUUAAUAAAUGGACAGUAACCUAGAGCCAUUUUUACUUUACGUGCUGGCGUCAUGUAUGAAAAUGUCUGGUCCUUUUUUCUUUUUACACGUAUUAAUAUGCAAACCAAACACAAAAGUCUAGAAACUGACACUUUACUUACUUGUUGUUUUGUUGACUGGUAAUUGUACUUUCUGAAAACACCUUUUCAAUCUACUGACUCAGACAUAACAGGAAAUGUUGGGUAAAGACACAUGACUUUGAGAUUUGGUUCAAGUUUCAUUUUUCUGUCUUUGCUGUUUACACAUAUACACAUACAGUUUGGAAAAUGAACUGCGAACGUCAUUAUGGAAUAAUGAUAAAUACUAGGAAGGACCACUGCAGUGGAUGAAGCAUC